AUGACAUCAAUAACAGAAAGAAUAAAUGAAUUAACAAAAGAUUUAGAUAAAGUUAAUAGUGUUGGAAUACUUAGAUUAUUAAGACAAUGUGAUUCACAAAUUUUUUCAGGAUAUUUAGAUUAUCAAUCAUUGAAUGAUCAAUCUAUUCAAAAUGAGAUUAAAUCAUUAGUAGAUAGAAUUGUUGAUAGAUUAAAUCAAGGUUAUAGUAUUAACGUUGUUACAACAGGUGCAGGUACAAGUGGAAGAUUAGCAUUCUUCAUAUCACGUUCAUUCAAUAAAAUUCUCAAAGAGAAAGGAUUCACAAAUUCAAUUAGAUUCAAUUAUUUAAUUGCAGGUGGUGAUCUAUGUUUAACAGUUGGUAUGGAAGGUGCUGAAGAUAAUAUUGAUCAAGCAUUAAAAGAUAUUAAAUCACAAAUCGGUCAAUCUGAAAGCAAUAAAAAAGAAAUACUAGUUUAUAUUGGUGUAACUUGUGGUUUCAGUGCACCAUAUGUUGCAUCACAAUUAAAAUAUUUAUUAGAUUUAAAUAAACAACAACAACAACAACAACAACAACAACAACAACAACAACAACAUAUUAUAUCAUUAAUGGGAUUUAAUCCAAUUGAAUUGGCUAGAAAAAUUAAAAUUGAAAAAUGGGAUUAUUCAUUUAAUGAUAUUGUAAUUCAAUUAAAUCAACAAAGAGAAUUACAAAUUUCUAAAAAUGAAAAAUUAGAUUAUUUCAUUUUAAAUCCAAUCUUUGGUCCAGAACCAUUAACUGGUUCAACUAGAAUGAAAUCUGGUACUGGUACUAAAAUUUUAUUAGAAUUAAUUUUUACACUAGUUUUAAAUAAAUGGAAAUCAAUUGAAUUUCCAUUAACAUUAUUAAAUAAUAAUAAUAAUAAUGAUGGUGAUGAUGAUGAUGAUGAUGAUGAUGAAAAAUUAAAAUUAAUAUUAAAAAGUUAUGAAAUUACAUUACGUGAAACUUAUUAUAAUAUUGAAUCAAUUUCAAAGAUUAUUGAUAAUGUUGGUAAUAGUUUAAAAUCAAAAAUUGGUCAUUUAUAUUAUUUAGCACCACAAUCAUUAGGUAUUGUUGGAUUUAUUGAUGCUUCUGAAACUUUACCAACAUUUGGUGCUCGUCCAUUAGAUGUCUGUGGUUUUUUAAUGAAUCAAAAUGGUACCGGUGGUGGUGAUGAUAAUGAAAAAAUUAGUGGUUGGAAAGUUAUGGAAAAUCGUGAUGGUGAUUUAUCAUCAGUAUCUGAACAAUAUAAAAUAUCACAAUCAAAUUUCUUGGAAACAAUUUUAAAAAAUUCAAAUUCAAAUGAUACUAUAGUAAUUUCAAUUUCAUCAAAUGAAGAAUUUAAUCAAUUCAAAUCUGAAAUUUUACCAAUUUUAAAUGAUAAUUUUAAAAAUCAAUCAAUUCAUUUACUUUAUUUUAUUAAUAAUCAAGAACAACAGUUUCCAGGAACAAAUCAUCAAGAAGAUGAAUUACUUAAAAAAAAUAUAAAUUUAAUUAAAAUUAAAUUAACAAAUAAUCAAGUUUUAAAUGGGUUACCAUGUUUUAAUGAAAUUUCAUUAAAAUGCAUUUUAAAUUCAUUAACAACUGGUGGAUUUGUAUUGGCUGGUAAAGUCUAUGGUAAUAGAAUGAUUGAUUUAGGUUUAACAAAUAAUAAAUUGUUUUUUAGAUCUUGUGGUAUUAUAAAUAGUAUAAUGGAUUUAAAUAAUGAAGAGAUGGCACGUCAAUUCUUAUUACGUUCAGUUUAUUCAAUUAAUACAACCUCUGAAUUACCAAUAGAAAUUAAAGAGUUACCAGUUUAUCGUCAUAUUGAAUUUUGUGAUGAAUCAAAAGUAAAAUCAAUAGUUCCAGUUGCUUUACUUUUAGCUUCUGGAAAAUUCACUUCACCUUCUUUAAUUCGUGAAGAAAUUCGUAAACAACCAAUUAUAAGAAUUUUAUUAGAUCAAUAUAAACCAAAAAAUAAUUUAAAUUAA